AUGGUGGUAGAGGACUGGCAUGGCUACGAAAUGUCGCCUUAUGGCAAGAAUUCGUCUUCACAGGCUACCAACAUUGAAAGUGUGAUUCAAGAACAAAUAACGCUGGCCAGGAGUGACACAAAGCAGCUUUACGGGCUUAUCGAUCGUGUUAAAACCAAGGUAAGGGACGCAGAUCUAGUACAAAUGUCUAAGGGAACACGAUCGCUCCAAAACGGAGGUGUGAAUCUAGCUACUCACCUGACGCUCAACGGCCACAAUAACAAGAUAUCCGAUUUUGCAUGGUCUCUAGAUUCACGCAGUAUCCUCAGCGCAAGCCAGGACGGCUUCAUGAUCAUAUGGGAUGCGUAUUCCGGAUUCAAAAAAAAUGCAAUACCCUUGGACUCACAGUGGGUUCUGACCUGUGCAAUGAGCCCAACCGGGAAUCUUGUUGCCAGUGCUGGAUUGACGAACAACUGCACAAUCUACCGGGUUUCGCAAGAAAAUCGGGUUCAGCAACAGAUUGUAUCAAUAUUCAAGGGACACACCUGUUACGUCUCUCAGGUCGAAUUCUUGGAUAGCAACAGUGUAAUAACGGCCAGUGGGGAUAUGACCUGUGCACUGUGGGACAUUCCUAAGGCCAAGAGAAUUACAGAGUUUUCCGACCAUCUGGGUGAUGUUCUAGCGUUGGCUCUUCCGCCGGGAGUUUCAAACCGCGAAGGCAGCAUCUUUGCAAGCGGUGGGUCGGACGGAUACGCUUACAUAUGGGAUACCAGGUCGCGAAGUGCUGUGCAAAGCUUUUUUGUGAGUGAUAGCGACGUCAGUACCAUGAAAUUCUUCAACAAUGGAGAAGCCAUUGUCACGGGUGCCGACGAUGGCGUUGCUCGCAUGUUUGACUUGCGAAGCGAUUGCUUAGUGGCAAAAUAUUCCUUGAGUCAAGGUCUGCAUCAACAGGUCAACUCUCCAACUCAGCAAAACGGACCCGUAUCGAUGGAUUACGCGGUUUCACCCACCACCAACGCUUCUUUCAGCCGAGCUGCCCAGAGUUCCAAUUCAACGUAUCUCAACAACCAAGGUCUUGUUUCGCUGGAUUUCAGCGGAUCAGGUCGAUUGAUGCACGCCUGUUAUACGGACUACGGAUGCGUUGUAUGGGACACUCUAAAAGCAGAGAUAGUUGGGAAGCUUGAGGGCCACUCGAGCAGAAUUUCCGGUGUCAAAACCAGUCCAGAUGGGCUAGCCGUUUGUACUGGUUCCUGGGAUGCAACUUUGAAGCUUUGGUCGCCUGAGUUCAUGUAA